AUUACAACCAUGGGAGGAAGUAAAUAAAAGGUCUGAAACUGGAUUGGUGGGUGAGUCCUCCAUGCUGAACUGUCAGCAGUCGGAGUUGUAGGUACAAGCACAGUGUAACAUGGAGGAUUCCAUCGAGGUGAUCCUUCAGGACCCUGGCUGGUUCCUGCCCCAUUACCGGGAUAAUUCCCUCUUAGCCGCACUGGGCGGAGCUGUUCUUACGGCCUCCUACGGCCUGUGGACAAUGUUCGUGCUGCCUGGCUUUCGAAAGGUGCCCAUGAGGUUAAAGACAGAGGACAGGAAUGUUCCCUCGGCUUCCAGUGAAGCAUGGUGUCGGUGGACGUCUAAGGUCCCUUACUUGCCUUCAAGUGCAAAGCAAACGGCAAAUGUCAUGAAACUGCUGGAGGGCCGAAGAGGUAGGCUGGCAGAUCUGGGGUCAGGUGAUGGAAGACUGGUGUUUGCGGCCUGUUCUGCUGGCUUCCAAUGUACAGGCUUUGAAAUAAACUCCAUACUGCUAGCAUGCGCCAGAAGCAAGGCCAGAUGGAAAGGGAUCCCGCCUACCCAGGUCAACUUUGUCAGCAAAGACUUCUGGACGAGUGAUGUUUCAAAGUUUAGAAAUGUGACGGUAUUUUUAGCCCCUGGUGUGAUGGAGGAGCUCGGGGAGAAGUUAAUAAAGGAACUGCCCAGAGAGUCACAAGUCAUCGCCUGUCGCUUUCCUUUCCCGACCUGGCCCUCAGCUUCCACUGAGGGCUCUGGGCUGGACCAGGUUUGGGCCUACGACAUCGACAGCAUCCGCAGGCUUGCACCUGUAAUGUCGAAGCCAUCCACACUACCUGCAAAACUCCCUUUUUAACCUAUACAGCAUCUGCGCUGUUUCACUCAAAUCAGACCUGUGAUCAGGAUUUACUCUAAACUAAGAGCAAAAACAACAAGCUGAGUACAUAUUUGUAACAUCAUAUUAUUUCAAGAACGCUUUCCUGACUGUUAUCUGUAUUCACAUCCACAUCCGGCAUGUACAAAGGCAUGUGUAAUUGUUGCAUGGGUCACGUUAUGGGUGCUCUGUGUAAGACAUUUUCCCUUCAAUACAGCUGUCAGUGUGUAAUCAAAAUGGUCACACAAAGUAAAUAGCGGUCCUAAGCAAAAUAAAGGUUUUGUAUUGUGCUUGUUAA